AUGCUCUUCACUCAUAUUCUCCCUUUAGGGAUAUCGUGCAUUAUUGCCCUAGUUGUCACUUCGAGUCUGGUUCGCAAACGUAUAUACCCUAUACCUCUGCCGCCUGGCCCUCGUCCGUUACCAUUUUUGGGUAACGCGCUGCAUUCAUUAUCGAAUACUAAACGACCUUGGCUCACAUAUACUGCGUGGGCAAAGAAAUAUGGAAAUAUCAUUCAUAACCGUAUACUUGGGAUCGACUUGAUCAUCAUAAACUCCGAAACCAUCGCGCGAGAGUUGCUGGACAGGCGCUCUGCGAAUUACUCUACUCGCCCCAUUAUCCGCUCCAACGAAUUAGCUGGACUGGCAUUCAAUACUGUGUUCCUUCCAUAUGGCGAAACUUUACGGCGACAUCGCAAGAUCUUCCAUCAAGUUUUCAGGGCCGAAGUCUCGGUCUCAUACCACGAGAUGUACUCUCACUAUGCAAAUGAAUUAGUCAUCAAUCUCUUAAAUCCCACCAGUGACUUGCAGCAACACACUCGAGUAUACGCGGCAUCCCUAAUCAUGGCCGUGACAUACGGACACCUUGCUGGUGGACACGAAGGCCCAUUUCUCACCCGCACGCGCGAACUCCUUGAUAUUGUCAAAUAUAUUGCUUCUCCCGAGAGGGCUGUUAUCUUCACGGCCUUUCCUUUCAUCGAAAAGUUGCCGCUUCGGUACUUCGGUGGAGGACUUGCCCUGAUAGAACGCAGUAGAGAAUUAUGUCCACAGCUUUUGAACGAGCCCUUUGACGAAGUGAAGGCCCAGAUAGCAAAUGGCACUGCUUCACACUCAUUGGUCGCCGACUUUCUCAGUCAAGCUCACGACGACGCUGACGAAGACAUAAUUAAGUCUGUUGCGUUGAUGGGAUUCAUGGCUGGUGUAGAGACUACUACAUCCGCAUUACAGACAUUCCUUCUGGCUAUGGUGCUCUAUCCUGACGUCCAAGCCCAGGCUCGUGCAGAAAUUAAUCAAGCUGUGAGACAUGGUCAAAUGCCGUGCUUGGAUGAUAGGGCGUCACUGCCCUACCUUGAUGCCAUCCUACGCGAGGUCCUGAGAUGGCAUCCUAUCAUCCCCUUAGGAGUUCCACAUGCGACAUUAGAUGAUGAUGUUUACGGCGAGUACUUUAUACCCAAAGGUGCCAUAGUAAUGGUUAAUCAGUGGGCACUGUCUCGGGAUGAAAACAUGUUUCCUGAUGCAUCACGUUUCGAUCCUAGUCGUCAUCUAACAGCUGACGGGAAGCUGAAGGAUCCUUUCGCCAGCCAUUUUGCCUUUGGUCAUGGCAGGCGUAUUUGUCCUGGUCGUUGGUUUGUAGAGAAUGGUCUGUGGACUGCAGCUGCUGCCAUACUCGCCGUCUUGCGCAUCGAUCAUGCCAAAGACUCAAACGGAGACAGGAUUGAGGUGAUACCGGAGUUCAGCACCGGCUUGGUGGUUCACCCUGAGCCAUUUCACUGCUCGUUUGAAAGCGUGAACACAGCGAGAGAAGGACAUCUUCGAGCGAUGAUGAAUUCGAAGUAAUGGUCACGGUCUUCGUUCUGUUGUCCUUAUUGUGGAUAGGUGUUGCGAAAAGUCAUAUAGGACGCUACUAGGUGCAUGCCGCAUUGAUCUAUUUUAUAGAGGUAGUCUCCCCGACUCCCACGUUAGUGGAGGAGGGUCUGUCGAAUGGAUACGUCUAAUUUCUCUACUUUUCUAUCCGACCUGUCCAGCAAAAUGCGCUUUGUCGUCG